AAUUACUGAGCAAACAGCAGAGUUAACAUCUGCAGUAAUUGAAACUAUAACAGUAUAUAAGUAUUCAAAUGAUACCAGUAUAUCCAUAAAUAUAAGUACUUACAGUUACCCCAUCCUCAUCUUCAAGUUCAGGGGUUUCCCAGCGGAUCCUGAACGCAUCACGACGCCCCGCCCUGACGCCGUGACAACAGACGCUGAUCGUGCCUCGCGCUGUCCAGGUGUUCGCUGUAUGAUAUUGCAGAGAUCAUCUGGGACAGUUUUUUGGAGCUUUAUCAGUGUCUCUGCACGACAUGGCCUAACGUGGUAUGCAUUGUCCACAAAACCCGGCUGUCACUCGGACCUCUGAAAUGCUGUUUUUCCGCAUCAACUGUCAGAGAAUGAAGCGGGAACACCGUUAAAAUGAAGACUGACACGGGUAUGAGAAUUUGAGCUGUGUGUUUAUACCUCGAGUGGGAAAAAGCUAGCGGGCAGGCUAGCCAGCUAGCUCAGAAACACCUCGGCCGACCGGCUCGGAUAAUCGGAUUCGUGCGACCAUGGCUGGACUCAUCAAGAAGCAGAUCCUGAAGCAUCUCUCCAGGUUUGCUAAGAACUUGUCGCCGGACAAAAUCAACCUGAGCACGCUGAAGGGCGAGGGCCAGCUCACCAACCUGGAGCUGGACGAGGAGGUCCUCCAGAGUCUGCUGGACCUGCCCACCUGGCUGGCCAUCAACCGAGUGGAAUGCAACAAGGCCGCCAUCAGGAUACCAUGGACAAAGUUGAAGACUCACCCCAUCACUUUGACUCUGGAUAAAGUGGUGAUGGAGAUGAGCACCUGUGAUGAGCCCCGUCCCCCUAAUGGCCCGUCUCCCAUAGCCACAGCAUCAGGACAAAGUGAAUAUGGCUUUGCUGAGAAGGUGGUGGAGGGGAUGUCACUGUCCAUCAAUUCCAUCAUCAUCAGGAUCAGUGCCAAGGCCUUUAACGCCUCCUUUGAGCUCUCCCAGCUGCAGGUCUACAGCGUCAACACCAGCUGGAGCAUCAGUGACCUGCGGUUCACCCGCAUCCAGGACCCUCAGAGGGGAGAGAUCCUGACGUUCAAGGAGAUCAGCUGGCAGAUGAUCCGCAUCGAGGCUGACGCUAUCCAGAGCGCCGAGCAUGAGAUGCUGAGCGCCCCCAUUCGCCUCAUCACCAACCAGUCCAAGAUCCGAGUCACUCUGAAGAGACGGAUUAAGGACUGUAACGUGGUGGCCUCCAAGCUGAUCCUGAUCCUGGACGACCUGCUCUGGGUGCUGACCGACUCCCAGCUCAAAGCCAUGGUGCAGUAUGCCAAGUCGCUCAGCGAGGCCAUGGAGAAGUCUGCGCAGCAGAGGAAGAGCAUGGCCACAGAAGAACAGGUGUCGUCGCCGCCGCCCUCGGCCCAGCAGGUGCGUACGCAGCAGGCGUCCACGGCGGCCGAGCAGACCGCCACCAUGGCCAACCUGUUCAGCACCUACGACGUGUGCGAGACAUCCCACCACCUCCAGAUCACACACCUCGACCUGCACAUCUGCGACGACAUCCACGUUAAGGACAAAGUGAGCAAUAAGAGGAUAACAGGUGGAGCCAUGCAGCUCUCCUUCAGCUCCAUCACUCUGGACUACUACCCUUUCCACAGAGCAGGUGACAGUUGUGACCACUGGAUGCACUACAGCGAGGCCACCAAGACCAGAGAGGGCUGGGUGCGGAACCUGCUCAAUGAGUUCAACUCCAACGUGGAGAUGUUAACGAGCGCAGUUCGAGACCACAAAGGGCCGGCCCCCGCGCACACUUCCCCACAGCACGUGUCCCUUAGGGACGAUGUGUAUGGGCCUCUAGGAAGUCAGGAGAGAGCAGGAGGAAUAGGGCUUAGGGAGGCAGAGGGAGGACUCCUAGAGUGGAGCGCAAACCCACAGCCUCCGGCCCAGUGCUGCUGGUGCCUUGAGCCAGGUAAGAUAAACACCUCCUCCAGCGCCUCCUUCAGUCCUCCUCUCCCUCAAAGCCCCAAGACCCAGCUCAUGUCCAGCUCUGUUGUUCUCAGGAUAGCUGACUUCAGCAUCUAUCAGGUGUCGACAGCGGACCAGCGGCGCUCCAGCCCCAAAACCAUGAUCUCCUGCAAUAAGAAGACCUUGUACCUUCCCCCAGAGAUGCCAGCCAUUCAUGUCGAGUUCACGGAGUACUACUUCCCCGAUGGAAAAGACUACCCAAUCCCGUGUCCUAACCUGUACGUCCAGCUGAACGCCCUGCAGCUGGUUCUGGAUCCACGCAGCCUGGUGUGGAUCAACCUGUUCGCCCUGGACCUCAGGCAGAGCCUGGAGCAGUUCAUGGAGAUCUACAAGCUCAGCGACUCGCAGAAACCCGAAGAGCACGUCGACGUCAAGGUUGACGGCCUCAUGCUCAAGCUGGUGAUUCCCAUCGAUCGGGAUGCCUCCUGUCCCGCCGAUCUGCCUCGCUCCAUCUCGGUGCAGACCUCAGAAAUGGUGGCCACGAACACCCGGCACCCGGCUAACUGCACCCGCUCCCACCUCGAGGCCCUGCUGCAGGCCUUCGAGGAGCAGCCCUUCUUCUCUCCCUGUUUCUCCUCGUUCCCUCGCUCCUCCUCCUCGGUACCCCUCCUCCACCCCGUCUUCCAGCGCCACGCUCACGAGCAAGACACCAAGCUCCACGACAUCUACCGGGGCCUGGUGGUGCCCACGUUGGGGACGGACGCCCUCAAGAUGCCGGCCGCCGCUGACUUUUGGGCGCUGCACUUUGCCCAGUUCUGGGUGGACUACGAAGGCACCCGCGGAGGCAAAGGGCGGCCGCAGCCCUUUGUGGACUCCUUCCCUCUGACCGUGUGGGCGGGUCAGCCUGCGAAGAUCGUCCAGCACCAGGAGAAGCUCAGGUGUGGUUUGUCCAGCAGCACAUCCGGAGAGGCUGUCGCACGGCUGCAGAGGAAACGUUUGUUAAAAGACUAUUACAGCACCGAUGCACACGAUGCAACACCGCCUCCCAGUAACGGACUCCAUAAACCCCUCUCAUUGGACAGUCUGCCCUCCUCCUCCUCCUCUUUGUCAUCAUCCAGUAAAGAUGCAAAUGUGCAUGUGUUGGUGCACGUGCAGAAGCAUUUAAGUGCUCAGGUGAGCCACCGGCAGUAUGUGUUUCUGAUGCAGCUCCAACGCAGCAUCAAAGCCCUGCAGCAGACACUACAGCAGGAUCUGGAGAAGAUGGGCUCCAAGAAAGACCGCAAGGAUCCCUCUCAGCAUCCUGCAGACCACCAGCCCUUCACCGUCUGCCUGGGCCUCCUGCUGAAAAGCGCGGAGGUGUCGAUGCUCCUGAAACCCGUCCCCCGCCCCGAGGGUUCCGGAUCUCCCCUGGGGUCCGAGCUGUCCCCCUCAGAGAGCCGAGGAACUCUGGAUGCAGGAGAGGGAUCCGGGUCUGAGGGAGGAGCCGCCAAAGGGGUGUGCACUGUAGACCAGCUGCUAUGUGGUGAGGGAUCAGAGUGCGGAGCCACACACGGUCCUGCCCCUCUUGUCCCCAACUACACUUCAACUACACGUCCUGACUCCAAUCACAAAGCGUCAGUGGACGAGAGGACUUUCGCUAAGAACUCUGGGAGGCGGAGUUCAGAUGAAGGGGGCGAGAUGGUAGUGGAUGGAGGUGAAGACGUGGGAGGCGGACUAGACUCUAAAACCCAGACGAGUGACCCGCUGUCUGACUGUAGUGACAAAGACAAGUCUGCAGCCGCCAAGAUGCCUCAGUCAGCAUCCAGUGGUCGUUUGAUGCGGGACCGCUCCCAGUCCAGCUUCUCUGUGUCCUACAAGAACAUGAAGAAGAGCCCGUCCCUACAGUCGCUGGACAACAUCUCCAUAGACAGCUACGUGAUGGAGGACGGAGACACGUACAGUCUGCUGGAGAGAGAUGACGUGUCCAUGUCGGGCUUCAAGGAUGCCGUCAGCGAACAGAGUGCUACCGAGAGCGCCACCGAGGCUGUGAUUGGCCAGGAGCAGGAGGGAGGCGUGUCCCCCGACACCGUCAGCGCUACCUCCCAGAGCAUCGACGAUCCCACCAAAGACAUAGUGUCGGUGCUGGUGUUGAAGGUGCAGUCGGUGUGUGUGGCCAUGGAGGCGUUUGGCGAGAGCACGGCCGUGGCUCUGGAGGUGGGCCGGGUCACACCCAGCCAGCUGGGCAACGUCAGCCUGAGACAGUACCUCAGCAACCGCAGCCUGGCCGGUGGCGACGUCGGCUCCGCAUCGGCCGGCGGCCUCCACAGCCCAGAGGUGCGGGCUCGCCUCGAGAGCGGCCCGUGCGCCGCCGCUCACUCGCCGCUGGCCGAGCGCAACGGCUUCCUGCAGCUGCGUCUCUGCGGCUACCGAGCCAGCUUCUUGAUGUCCACGCUGCGUAACCUGGCUCACUUCCUGGAGGACGACUCCGCGCCGCUGGUGCUGCCCAUGGAGAUCAGCGUCAGGGACACGCACGUCAACCUAAAGGACGACGGCCCCCGCGACAACACCACCGACUCGGAGCCCUCGCCCAUCACCCUGCAUGUGGACAGCCUCGUCAUACACAGGAGAGACGACGGCUCCUUCUCGAUAGGAGUGGACACGGCGGCAGAGACCAAAUCCAGGGAAGAGGGUGCGUCGACCGACAGCGCUCUGACUCCGGUCCUGGAGGUUGUGGGCGGCGUCUUCGGCAUACCAAAGGCUACACAGACCCAAGCCCCGCCCACCAGCCCUCCUCCGUCCACCAGAGAAACGAUGCUGGUGGAGGAAAACGAAUGUUUAAAAGUGGAGCUGUCCCGAACCAAGAUGGCGCUGGCCGAGGCUCAGAUGGAGAAGGACUCGUUGCUGCACCGCAUGAAGACCCUCAAAGUCAACACCAGCUAGUCGGUCAUUCAGCCCUCACUGUCACGAUGUCUGACACUGAUGGGCAGCAAAAAAAAAAAAAAAAA